ACUUGCACUGACACUCCUUGAGUUUAACAAUUUUUUAUGGAAACUACGCGUGUCUGUCUCAAUAUGUUUUUACUACUUGCGUAAGAGCUGCCUAGUUAUAGCAAAUGAACGAUUUGCUCCCUUUUUGCGCUAUAACAGACGUAAUCAUCAACGCAAUAUGCAUUUGGUUGAAAGGAUAGUACCUGCAUAUAAGAGGAUAUGUUUCUAUGAAAUGUAAAUUUUGAUAAUCAUCAUCACUCUAUUACAUACUAUACUACUUGCACUCGACCAACAAGCAUGUUCUCCUCAAAGCAUUUCGAACUCUCCGAUAUUCCUGAUCUCUCGGGCAAGGUCGCAAUUGUCACAGGCAGUAACACUGGCAUCGGCAAGGUCUGCGCAAUCCAAUUGGCCAAGAAGAAUUGUCAAGUGAUUGUACCAAGUCGCAGUGAAGAUAAAGGUCUUGCUGCCGUUGCCGAUAUUAAGGCCAUUACCGGAAACGAAAAAGUCGAAUUUAUCAAGUUAGACCUCCUUUCGCUCCAAUCUGUCAAGGCAUUUGCUGAGGAAUUCAAAUCCAAACACGAUAAGCUGCAUAUCUUGAUCAACAACGCCGGUAUUAUGUUGGCUCCUUACAGUCUUAGCGAAGACGGCCUCGAAAGUCAUUUCGCAACGAAUCACGUGGCGCACUACUACUUGACAAUGCAAUUACUUCCUACUCUCAUCAGCUCAGGACCAAGUCGUAUUGUAAACGUCAGCUCUUUUGGCCAUAAUUUCACACUCGUUUCGUCUCGCAGUCUAGACAAUAUAAAUGACGAGAAAGGCUAUUCUCGCAUGAUACAAUAUGGUUUUACCAAAGCUUACAACAUUUUAUUUACCCGUGAACUGACUAGGCGAUUGGAAGCGAAUAAAAUCAAUAAUAUUUAUGUCAACUGUAAUCAUCCUGGUGUGGUUAGCAGCGAGCUUUCCAGACACGCUUUCGACCAGCAAUCCUGGUUUAGUAAAUUUUACAAUAACCACGUAGCUAUACCUACGGAGAAGGGUGCACUUACACAACUCUACCUGGCCACAAGUCCUGAAGUGGAAAGCAAAAACAUCAAGGGAGAAUACUAUGUUCCUUAUGCAGAGCCAGGUUGUGCAAAUGCUUUUUCAAAAUCGGACAAGAAUGCCCUUGAUUUGUGGAACUAUACUGAGCAACUAUUGAAGGAGAAGGUGCCUGACUAUAAGGGUGCCAUUUUCUAGAAAUCCAGAAUUAACAUCGGUAAAACUCAAUCCUACAUCUAACUUUCUCCAUCAUGAGGGUGUUCCUAAAUGGCCAGUUUUAAUUUUUUUCAUGCUGUACACAUAUACUAUAC